CCUCCUGUCUCGAGUCCCUCGACUACUCGCAGCUCCCGAACGGCAAAACCCUAGCUGCGGCCAAUCAGCCAUGGAGGCGAGGGCGUCGCCGCCUCCGUCGGUCGGCUUCGGAGGGGGGCGGGGGGACGGUGGCGCGCUGUCGUUCCUCUCCAAGGGGUGGCGCGAGGUGCGGGACUCCGCCACCGCCGACCUGCGCCUCAUGCGCGCGCGCGCCGAUUCCCUCCGCACGCUCGCGGACCGCGAGCUCGAGCAACUCCUCGCCUCCGCCUCCACCGCGCUCGCCGCGCCGCCGCCGGUCGCCGCGGGUGCGCCCAUCGCCGAGCUAGAGUUCGUGCGCAACCGGAUCCAGCCCAAGAUCUCCGAGCUGAGGCGCCAGUACGCGGCGCGGGAGCGGGAGCUUGGACGCAGGGUGCUCGAGGGAUGGGCGCCGCGAGGGGGCCCCGCGCGCGCCCGCGUCGACCUAUCCGGGAUCACCGCCAUCCGCAACGCCAUCGUCUCCGAGGUGGACGGCGGCGAGCGGUGGAGGCGCGCGGUGUGGAAAGGGGAGGCGGAAACGGAGAAGGAGUGGGAGGUGAUGAGGAUGAUACGCAGCAGCCUCAAGGAGCUCGAGCGCCGGAGCCAGACCAGCGAGAUUUUCGGGGGGUUGCGAAGCCCUGGCGAGUUCGUUGAGAAAUUCAAGUCGAGCCUGAAAUCAUUUAAUGUGGAACAUCAUGGAUCCAAGGAAGUUCCUCCACUUGAUCUAACUGAAGUACUGGCAAAUCUAGUAAGACAGUCUGAACCAUUUUUGGACCAGCUUGGCGUACGAAGAGAUCUAUGUGACAGAGUAGUGGAGACAUUGUGUAGGAAACAAAACCAUUACCUUUCAGAAGACACAUCCUUGCUUGUAAAUGAUAACUCAUCAGAUGAACUUGAUUUAAGAAUCGCCAAUGUGCUUGAAAGUACUGGUUAUCAUGCUGAUGGCUUCUGGAGUGAACCUGCAAAGUAUGAGGUCUCAGACAAUAAAAGGCAUGUGGCUAUUGUCACCACAGCAAGCCUACCAUGGAUGACAGGAACAGCAGUUAAUCCAUUGUUCCGUGCAGCAUAUCUGUCUAAAGGUACUAAACAAGAUGUGACACUGGUAGUGCCUUGGCUCUGCAAGUCAGACCAGGAACUGGUGUACCCAAAUAGCAUGACCUUCAAUUCGCCAGAAGAGCAGGAAACUUAUAUAAGGAACUGGCUGGAGGAAAGACUUGGUUUUGAAUCAAACUUCAAGAUAUCCUUCUAUCCUGGCAAGUUCUCAAAAGAGCGACGUAGCAUCAUUCCUGCUGGUGAUACGUCUCACUUCAUAUCGUCCAGAGAAGCUGAUAUAGCAAUACUGGAAGAACCAGAGCAUCUCAACUGGUAUCAUCAUGGGAACCGCUGGACCGACAAGUUCAACCAUGUCAUUGGUGUAGUUCAUACAAAUUACCUGGAAUAUAUCAAGCGGGAGAAGAAUGGAGCUCUUCAAGCUUUUCUAGUUAAACAUAUCAACAAUUGGGUGACCAGAGCAUACUGUGACAAGGUCUUACGUCUUUCUGCGGCAACUCAAGAUUUACCAAAGUCUAUCAUUUGCAAUGUUCAUGGCGUAAACCCAAAGUUCCUGAAGAUUGGAGAGAAAAUAACUGCUGAUGGGGAGAGUGGGCAGCCAUCAUUCUCCAAGGGAGCAUAUUUUCUUGGAAAGAUGGUUUGGGCCAAAGGUUAUAAGGAACUGAUAGAUUUGAUGGCCAAACAUAAAAACGACUUGGAAGGAUUCAAGUUAGAUGUAUAUGGAAGUGGUGAGGACUCGGAAGAAGUCCAGUCUACUGCCAGGAAGCUUGAUUUGAGUCUCAAUUUUUACAAGGGAAGGGAUCAUGCAGAUAAUUCACUCCAUGGGUACAAGGUUUUCAUAAAUCCAAGCAUUAGUGAUGUCCUGUGUACAGCAACAGCAGAGGCUCUUGCAAUGGGGAAAUUCGUCAUCUGUGCAGAACAUCCAUCAAACGAAUUUUUCAUGUCGUUUCCGAACUGCUUGACAUACAAAACAUCAGAGGAAUUUGUCACGAGAGUGAAAGAGGCAAUGGCUAGAGAACCCCAGCCUCUAACCUCUGAACAAAGAUACAACCUAUCAUGGGAGGCAGCAACGGAGAGAUUCAUGGAGUACUCAGACCUUGACAAGGUUCUGAACGAUAAGGUAGCUGAGCGUGGACAGGGUGGAAACAGAAACAAAACGAGAAGAAACAUACAGCCUACUUUGACAGACAUCAUGGACGGUGGAUUGGCAUUUGCUCAUCGAUGCCUUACCAGUAGCGAAGUCCUCAGGUUGGCGACGGGAGCCAUUCCUGGUACACGCGGCUAUGACAUGCAGCAUUGUGUGGAUAUGGGUCUUUUGCCUCCUCAAGCACAACACCCUGUAUAUGGUUGGUGAUGAUGGAUGGGUACCCUAAGUUAUUCUAGGUAUAUAUGUACAUAAUACACCAUGUAGCUCAUGCUGUCUAAUAUUUUAGAGUGUUGUAAUUGUAGCGUCCAUGAGGAACUCUGGCGGUCUGGCCAUUGUUUUAUACUCUGUAUUGAAUUACUGGAACUUAGUAUGACCUGCCCUUUUCAUGGACAUCAGAAGUUCAGAACAUCAAUGCAAUGCGAUAGAGUUCAGUA